GCCUUACUUGGUCAACACACCAGGUAGUUGAGUUUCAUUAUAAAAACAUUGCUUCUCGAACGCAUCUUUUGAUCAUUCUUUCUGCAUCUGCAUUGAGCUGCUCCCGCGGACUCGGGGUCACGUCUCAAUAUGACUUCCCAAACACCAGCCGUUGUCAUGGACAACGGAACUGGAUAUUCCAAAAUAGGUUUUGCCGGUAACGAUUCUCCCUCGUUUGUUUUCCCUACCGCAAUUGCGACAAAAGCUGCAGGUGGAGGAGCUACCGCAGCUUCUGGGCGACCAGCUGUUGCGAACAAGCCUUCAUUUCUAGGUGGAGGAGGUGGCGGAGGCGGCCAUUUGUCAGGAAAGCGAGGUACAGAAGAUUUGGACUUCUUCAUCGGAGACGAGGCACUCGCUGCUGCCAACGGACCGGGAUAUGGAAUCCAUUAUCCCAUCAGACACGGCCAAAUUGAAAACUGGGAUCAUAUGGAGCGAUUUUGGUCAAACUCGAUAUUCAAGUAUCUCCGAGUGGAGCCUGAGGAUCAUUACUUCUUGCUUACUGAGCCGCCUCUAAAUCCGCCCGAGAAUCGAGAGAAUACUGCCGAAAUCAUGUUCGAAUCGUUCAACUGUGCAGGUCUUUAUAUCGCCGUGCAGGCCGUUCUGGCUUUGGCGGCCUCAUGGACGUCAUCGAAAGUGACUGAUAGAUCCCUUACUGGUACCGUUAUCGACUCUGGUGAUGGUGUCACUCACGUUAUUCCCGUUGCCGAAGGUUACGUUAUCGGCUCUUCUAUCAAGAGUAUUCCAAUUGCUGGUAGAGAUAUUACCUACUUCGUUCAAAGCUUACUUCGAGACCGCGGCGAGCCGGACAGCAGCUUGAAGACGGCUGAGAAGGUGAAGGAAGAAUAUUGCUACGUAUGCCCGGAUAUUGUGAAGGAAUUUGCUCGUUAUGACCGCGAACCGGACCGUUUCCUCAAACACACCGUGACUUCUCCCAAUGGACGCUCAAUCCAGAUCGAUGUCGGCUACGAACGAUUCCUCGCUCCUGAAAUCUUCUUCAACCCGGAGAUCUACUCUUCAGACUUCCUCACCCCUCUACCAACCGUCGUUGACGGCGUGAUUCAAUCCUCCCCUAUUGACGUCAGGAGAGGUCUGUACAAGAACAUUGUUCUUUCCGGUGGUUCCACUCUGUACAAAGAUUUCGGCCGUCGUCUGCAGCGUGAUAUUCGACACCUGGUAGACGCCCGUAUCCGCGCAUCUGAAGCUCGUAGCGGUGGCGCUAAGAGUGGAGGGUUGGAAGUGCAAGUCGUUACGCACAAACGACAAAGACACGGUCCCUGGUUCGGUGGAAGUUUGCUCGGUCAAACACCUGAAUUCCGCAGUUACUGCCACACCAAGGCUGAGUACGAUGAAAUUGGUCCCAGUAUUGUGCGAAGAUUCGCUCUACUUGGUGGACCAGGAGGCGCUUAAUAUGCUGAAAAUUGAUCGGCGCAAUUGCCUAUGGCGCAGCCCGUAUGUGCUUAAAAACUUGGUAUAUGAGGUGCAAGAGGGGAGUGUGAUGUUUUCUUAACUUUGUUAACACUGAAUCUUUAUAGGUAGAGCGCUGUAUAUAGCAGUUUUCAAUGAAUGAAGCUUCAUUUCAAGCUU